GCGUCACGAACCCAACCAACCCAACCCAUCAGCCCAUCAGGACCCAGACCAAUCAAGGCGUCUCCGACAUCCGACGCGGCGGCGACCAAGGGGAGGGGUUGACGCCCGCCCAGCCGUGUGGAUCGCCGGGGGGAGGAGGGAGGGAGGGGCGAAAGCGCGUGCCGGAUGUCCCGCGGCGGCGGGGAGUAGGGCGACGGCGGCGGCGGGGACGGGCGGCUGCGGCGGCGCGACGAGGCGGCGGCGCGGGAGGGCGGCGGCACCAUGUCUGCGGUAGUCUGUGGCAAGAGGUCCUCCUCCAUCUUCGCCGACGAGCUCCUCCCGCCGUCACCUCCAUCCCCACACUCCUCCCACCACCACCUCCACCACCCGGCGGCCAAGAGGUCCCGCCGCUCCCCGCCGCACCGCGGCCGACGGGAGGCGCUUCUGCUCCAGCUGAUCCCGCUCUUCCCCGACAUGGAUCCCCAGUUGCUGGAAAAAGCUCUGGAAGCAUCUGGAGAUGACUUAGAUUCUGCAAUAAAGAGUUUGAAUGAGCUGCGCUUGGAGUCCGCUGGUUUCAAAUCUGAAAAUGGCCAGCCUACUGUAAUUCAGCCAUCUGUUGAAGGUAUUCCUAAUGGUGCCGUGGAUACUGCUACAGAACAUCCACCUGCCGUUGAUAAUUAUCAGACAAGUAAUAAUGGUUCUGAAUGGGUUGAGCUAUUUGUCAGAGAGAUGACUAAUGCUUCUGACAUAGAUGAUGCACGGGCUCGUGCAUCGAGAGCUUUGGAAGCUUUGGAGAAGUCCAUUGUAGAGCGUGCAGGAGCUGAAGCUUCACAAAACCUGCAUAAGGAAAACAUGAUGCUCAAGGAGCAGUUGACAGUCGUUCUGCGAGAGAAUGCUGUCCUGAAACGGGCGGUCGCCAUUCAACAUGAGCGCCAAAAGGAGUUUGAUGAGAGGUCUCAUGAAGUCCAAAGCUUGAAGCAACUUGUUUUGCAGUACCAGGAACAAGUGAGGACAUUAGAGAUAAACAACUAUGCCCUCACAAUGCACCUCAAGCAGGCUCAGCAGAACAACACCAUGCCUGGGCGUUUCAAUCCUGAUGUCUUCUAAGCAUAGAGGCAGCCUUCAGAUUAAUAAUCUAUGAAGAUGUCUUGUUUUACCAGCUGCCCCUUGAUAUGGUAGUGUGCUACUGGUGGAUUCACCGCCCAUGGGUCCAAAAUUUUCAUGUUACAAUAUUAAUUUAAAAUUUGUUGCCUUCGUGCAAUUUGGCUAUCCAAUAUAUAGUGUUUCCCCAUGAUGCGGUGUAUGAUUUAUUUUAUCCAUGGCUAGCAUAUUCAGCAACAUGAUCAGAAAGAAUAUCGUCUCAUGGUUGUACAGAUGAAAUGCUGCUGUCAAGUUUAAAUGAAAUGCUACGCUCAACUUCAUUCGUC